UGGAGGAGGAGGAGAUUGCCGGGUAAAAUGUGGAGCUGCAGGAUCCUCCUGCUUUCACAGGAGGCAUCAGCGCCAGCAGAGGUUGAAGAUAACUGAACCACAGCAAGUGUCGAAGUCAGUCUACCUCCCAGAGCGACCAUGAAAGUCCUCCUACUCAUCUGCAUGCCAGUUCUGCUCGCUCAGGCCCAGUACCAGGAACGGGUUCUCUUCCCGGAGGUGUAUGAUUAUUAUACUCCAGGAGCAGAAUCUCAAAAUCCAGACGGUUUUCCCGGAUCCUACCAGCAGCAGGUCCAGGUCGAGCCCGAGGUCCUUCCGGAGAAUUCAGAGCCCACCUUUGAGACGGAGCCCACAGAGCCUGGACCUCUGGACUGCAGAGAGGAGCAGUAUCCCUGCACCAGACUCUACUCAGUGCACAAACCAUGCAAGCAGUGUCUGAACAGCCUCUGCUUCUACAGUUUGCGACGGGUUUAUGUCGUCAACAAGGAGAUCUGCAUGAGGACCGUGUGCGCACACGAGGAGCUGCUCAGAGCGGAUCUGUGUCGUGAUCAGUUCUCUCGCUGUGGCGUGAUGGCGCUGAGCGGUCAGUGUGCAUCGCUCGGAGGAAGCUGUGGGAAAAGCUGCGGAGGCUGCUGAUCAGGAACGCUGACCCUCCUCUCUGUUCCCCCCCACCCCCGACUCCUCCGGAUGACUCCUUACUCUUGUGCGAAACGCACUUUGAAUAUUUUUGUUGUUUAAGUUUUUUUUUGUUUUGUUUUUAUUGAUGUCUGCCCAGUAGAUCCUGUGUGUACUAUUAGGGAUCAUCAAUAACACUGACGUUUGUGUGAGUCACUGGUGCUAUAAAACGUUUAGAGGUGCACAUAAAACCAUGAAAAACUCCUUUCAUUCUUUUUUUUUUUUUUUUUUAGUUUUUUUUUAAUAUUGUGCCAUAAUAAUCUCAUAUUUUGUGUUUGUUGAUUUGUUCCUGUACUUUUGUUGAAAAGCAGUCAUUACUGAGAUGAUCGGAGCUCUGAUUUGAUCCAAAACUAAUUAGUAUGCAGCGACUGUGUGUCUCUGUUGAAGAUCGGGCGAUGUGUGAAGAAGCAGGUGCUCAGUGAGGCUACUGCGGCAGAACAACAGCAACCCGUGGUUUAAAGGCGCGUCCAACCACCACCUCCGUACUACUGCUUUCUGAAAAGUGUCACUAUAAAGACUGAAAAAAUAAAACUUUUAUACUACA